UCCUGCCUUGUACAGAGUGAGCGCACGCCAGGCGUGAGGCUCCCUGCUCCUCCCCUCUCCUGCUCAGGCGUUUCUGCAGAGCUCCCAUCCGGAGAUUGACAGACUCCAAAGGUACUCAAGUGGAAUAGACGCACUCCAACCUUCCUGCUUGCUGGGAAAGACUAAUGCGAUGCAUAUUUAUUGAUCAGCUGUGUGGGAUUCUCCGCUUUUGUUUUUUAUUAUUUGCUUCCAUUGGAAUACGAAAGAGCAGAUCCGACUCAACAUCCAGACACGCAAACAGAAGGACCAACAUAUGGAGAGUAGUGGGCACUGCAGCAUGAACGCAACAACUGGACCUCUCUUCUCCCUGGUUACGAAGAGCAAGUGAGAAAAUAAUAGUCAGCGCUGUCCACCAAGCUUGUGGGUGGAUGCGGCCAGCAGACUGCAGACUGCUUUAACGGAGCAAGGAGACUGUGAGGAAGCAGCGUAAGCUGUGAUGAUGAUCCAUAAAUGGAGCGUUACCUUCGAGGAGACUCAUUUUGCUUAGUUCAUGCCAAGAUUCUUUUUUAUUAAUUUGAUUCAGAAGGAACAGUUUUUCCACUGAUGCUUGGGUUCAGCCUCCCUUGCAGGCUUUCUUUCUAGAUGAAUGUGCAGCUUGUUCCUAGGAGGAUGGAGGACUGCUUGAGGACCAGCUUUUUGGUACUGAUGAUAUUGUAUUUGGUUCCAAGCAGAGUUGACACAGCCAACAGCGUUAACCCCAGAAUACGGCUCUCACACAAAGAACUUUGGCAGCUGAACAGGACUUGGGUGUUCCAGGGCAAUGGAGUGCCUCUUCAGCCCCAGGCCAUGCUGCUGGACGAAGGCCAUGAGAGGCUUUAUAUCGGGGCCAAGAAUGCUCUUUUCUCCCUCAGCCUGGACCAGGUUAACACGCACCACAGAGAGAUCCAGUGGGCCAGUACUGAACCCCAAAUAGAAGAAUGCUUGAUGAAGGGCCGGGAAAAACUGGAAUGCGCAAACUACAUCAAGGUUUUGCAGCAGUACAACCAGACCCAUCUCUUGGUCUGUGGGACGGCAUCAUUCAACCCCAUAUGCGCCUUGGUACACGUGGGAAACUCAGGGAAGGACAGGCUGUUUACUCUGCAAGAGGAGAGCAUUACGAGCGGUAAAGGACGAUGUCCGUUUAACCACAAUAGCCCCUGCACUUCUACACUCUCAGGUGGAGAAUUGUACGUCGGCCUCUACACGGACUACUGGGAGAACGAUGCUGCCGUGUGUCGACUCAACAACCGCACGUACACACGCACUGAGAGGGAUGACAGGCAGCAGCUCAACGAACCGAGAUUUGUCGGCUCAGCGGUUAUUCCCGAUAACGACGACAAAGAUGAUGACAAAGUUUACUUCUUCUUCACUGAACGUGAGGUGGGUGCAGAGGGUGUCAACAAGGCGGUUUUCACCCGCGUCGGACGAGUCUGUGCGAAUGAUCAAGGAGGACAAAGGAUGCUGGUGAACAGAUGGAGCUCUUUUCUGAAAACUCGACUCAUUUGCUCUGUGGCUGGACCUGACGGCAUUGACACUCACUUUGAUUUACUCGAGGACAUCUAUGAGUUGAAGAACAAAGAUGGGAAAAACCCAGAAAUCUUUGGCCUUUUUAGCACAACAAGUGCGGUGUUUAAAGGCUAUGCAGUGUGUGUCUAUCACAUGGACGACAUCCGAGCAGCGUUUAAUGGCCCCUUUGCCUUCAGAGAGAGACCUGAGCAUCACUGGACACCUUCUGAGGAUAGAGUGCCCUACCCACGGCCUGGAUCUUGCGCCAGCAAAGUCAACGGCGGCGGCUUUUCAAGCUCCAAGGAGUUCCCAGAUGAGGUUUUGCGCUUUGUGCGCGCUCACCCCAUGAUGUAUCGUCCAGUUCUUCCACAACAUCGCAGGCCGGUUUUCCUGCAAACAGAGCCGAGCCCGAGAAAGUUGACUCAGAUUGCGGUGGACAGAGUUCAAGCCCAGGAUGGACACUACCAUGUUCUCUACAUUGGGACAGAUGACGCGCUGGUGCUCAAAGUGAUCACAAUCUACAACAAAGACGCUGACACAAUGGAAGAAGUGCUGCUGGAGGAGCUGCAAGUGUUUGAGGUUCCAGCUCCAAUAAAAGAGCUUAUUAUAUCAGCAAAACGGCAACAGUUGUACGUGGGCUCGGACGUGGGCGUGGCCCAGGUUAAAUUGCACCAGUGCGCCCUCUACGGCUCUGAAUGCGCCGACUGUUGUCUAGCUCGAGACCCCUACUGCGCUUGGGAUGGUUUCGCCUGCUCCAGCUACUACCCAACUGGAGUCUACACCAAAAGCAGACGAUUCAGGCGACAGGAUAUUCGCCACGGCAACGCCGUCCAGCUGUGCAAUGGCCUGCAAAUUGAUGAUGAGCAAUGGCAUAAGUCCGAGGAAAAGACGGUGUUUGGUGUGGAGGGUAACAGCACGUUGCUCAGCUGCGUCCCUCGAUCACUUCAUGCCAAGGUGCUCUGGUUCCUACAAAAUGGAGACGACAAAAAACAGGUUCACGAGGACGAGCGCGUGAUCUGGACCUCGCACGGGCUUCUCCUUCUGAGCGUCACCAGCUCCGAUGCGGGCGUGUACGUGUGCCAGACGGUUGAACACGGCUACGUGCACACGUUGCUGCGCGUCACUCUGCACGUGCUCAGCGGGAAAGCGUUGGCGUCCGCCAUCAGGCCUAACGACAAAAGCGGAGCCCCCUGCCAGUCGCAUGUCAACCCCGUGGCGAGCCCCAGUUUCAGACCCAGGACUCUGGUCCCAGCUUCCCUGCCGAGCCCACACUCCAGGCAGUGGUACAAAGAGUUCCUCCAGCUGAUUGAUUACAGGGACGCCCAGCGAGUGGAAGAGUAUUGUGAGAAGGUGUGGUGCCCAGAUAAGAAACGCAAAAAGAACAAAAAGAAGUUUAUCCCCCCAAGUGGUGUGAAGAAAGGUAAAGCCAGGGCGGCUGAGGGUAGUCAUCGAGCCCCCAGGCACACUCUUGACACCUGAGAAGCACACUCACACUCACUCACAUUUGUUCUUUAGAGAAUUUAGUACCAAAAAAAACCCCCACAUUGUAAAUAAUACAAAUGAUCACACCUUGGAUUGUUUGACAGUUCGUCACAAGCACACACAGACAAUUUCACAUUUGCAACCUAUGCAUAUUUUAGAGUCGUCAGUGAACCAAACGCGCAUGUUUUUUUGGAGUUUGGGAGGAAAAUAGAGUUCCGGGAGAAUGCGACAUGCAAGCACCGGAGAACAAGCCACAAUUUGAAUUUGAGCCUGUUUCAGUGUUGUCCAGAGUAGUUACAUCCAAUUCAUCAAGCCAUCAGUUUUCUUUAGUGUUUGUUCGUAUUUAGGUGAGCGAGUGCCUGACUUUGGGACCAGAGGUGGAUCACACCCUUGAUUGGUCGCCUGCCAAUCUCAGGGCACAGUUGGACAUAUUCACACUUCCAUUCAGUUUUAACUUAACAUGCACGUAUUUGGAAAGAAAAAGGGAAUAUCCCAGGCAAGCAAACGCCUCAUUGAAAGAUCCGAGAAUCAAACCCGGAAGCUUUUGAUUGUGAGGCGAAUGUGAUAACCACAUUAUUUACCAUGCUGACAAUUUUAAGUCAACUGUUUUGGCAUUAGAGCAUUUAAUCACAAAAUUCCAUCAUAUUUGU